UUGGAGGACACGGUUGUGUCUAUCCGUUCGGUUUGGUAUAGAACAAUAUUAUUAAGUAUCGUAGACGGAUAUGGCCCAAACGUGGACACCUUUAGAUCUAACGAGCGUGUGUUCUAGUACGACUGUCACGGUUUCGGGAUGUUCGACGACCAGUUUCGUGUUCUUACAAUUGGUCGCGAGUUUGUUCGGCCGAUCGAGAGAUGAGCCUCGACAGGACUAUAGUAAUAAUAAUCAGUUCGGUAGAAUCCCGACGCGAUUUGCUAGCUCGUUUCCGGGUCAUCAGGGACGGGAAUAUUUUCAGACAGAAGAGGACUAUGAUUUCAUAGUAAUUGGCGCCGGAAGUGCAGGAUGUGUCAUGGCUAACAGACUCUCCGAAAUUGAAGAGUGGAAGGUCCUACUUUUGGAGGCAGGGUCAGAAGAACCGGAAGUGACGGGUGUUCCAGCAUUUGCUCCAUUGUUACAACAGUCAAGUAUCGAUUGGGCCAGAAUGACGCAACCGUCGGAAUCCAGUUGCUUGGCACGACCCAAUGCCCAAUGUUCAUGGAGUUCGGGAAGAAUGAUGGGUGGAUCAUCAGCCAUGAAUUACAUGAUAUACAUGCGUGGUUCUCCAGAAGACUAUAACGAAUGGGAAGCAAUGGGAAACCCAGGUUGGGGAUAUAACGACGUCCUGUACUAUUUCAAAAAAGCAGAAGGUAACAGAAAUCCCGAAAGAACUGAGCCCAUUUAUCAUGGAUUCAAAGGUCCUCAACCAGCGUCAAUUCUGCCGUACCAAGACCAAAAUGUUUGGACCCUUAUGGACGCCCUUCGUGAAUUAGGAUUUCAAGAAAGGGACCAAAACGCGGACGCAAUGCAAAUAGGGAUGUCUCUAUUACACACAACAACAGAAGAUGGAGCCCGUGCAAGUACCAACGUUGCAUACAUUCGCCCGAUUCGAUGGAAGAGACCAAAUCUUCGUAUACGUACUAAUUCUUAUGUGGUAAGGAUUCUUAUUGAUCCUGACAGCCAUAACGCGUAUGGUGUUCAAUACGUCAACAGAAAUGGAGCCUUGGUGACUGCAUUUGCUAGGAAAGAAGUUAUCUUAUCUUCAGGGUCUAUUGGUAGUGCCAGAAUAUUAAUGACGAGCGGGGUGGGACCAGCCGAACACCUCACCACAGUCGGAAUCCCUGUCAUACAAGAUUUAAGAGUAGGCCAUAACUUGCAAGAUCAUACAACCCUUGACGGUAUUAUAUUUGCUCUUACAAAUCUAACAGCAACUACAGCAAAUAGUUAUCAAGAAGAAGAAAAUGACGCCCGGUAUUAUAGGGCUACCCACAGAGGGCCCUUUUCUGCAACCGGUGCUCUACAGGUGAAUGUUAUGGGGCAAACUCGAUAUGAAAAUUCGCCUGUUAGGCCUGAUAUUCAAUACCAUUUUGAUCGAGCUGGAGUACAAGACUUUUAUACCGAUCCCAUACUAACUGCUCAAGCCAAUGUUAUUCCGUUAUCAUAUUACGAUGGAAUCAUGAUAAGACCAAUACUACUGCCUCCUCAAAGUAGAGGAAUAAUUAUGUUGAAUAGUACAGAUCCCGUGUUUGGAAAUCCGUUGAUUUAUGCUAACACUUUUACUGAACAAAUUGAUGUACAAAGAAUGGUAGAUGGUAUACAAAGAAUAAUACGAAUUGGUGAAACUGCACCCAUGCAACGAAUUGGAGCAAGACUUGUAACAGUUCCUCUACCUGCCUGUCAGAGUUUUAGAUUUGGUACUGAUCAAUAUUGGGCUUGUGUUGCCCAAUCUUAUACAGCGACCAUAUACCAUCCAGCUGGCACUUGCAGAAUGGGACCAAGAAGUGAUCCUGCUUCCGUUGUGGAUCACACACUCAAAGUGCAUGGGAUAAGUAACUUGAGAGUAGUUGAUGCUUCGAUCAUGCCAAACAUUGUUAGAGGAAAUACGAAUGCUCCAACUAUUAUGAUUGCUGAGAAAGCUAGCGACAUGAUAAAAAUUGAACAUGGACAACCGACAGAGUUCCAUGAAUCCAGUGGAUUAUUUACAAGUGCUGGUAUAGGUUCAUUUAAAUUUUAGUCUUUGUAAUAUAUAUUAACGGAGAUACCAAGUUACCUUACUGUUAUACAUAACUAUAGCUUUACCAAUGAUGACCAAAUAAUACGUUUCCUUAUGUAUAUAUUAAAAAAAAAACAUUGUACCUAUCUAAUUUCAUGUAUCAGUGUAAUAAUACGUUCUGUUGUGUACAUAUAAAAUAUAUCUUAUUGAAUGGUGA